GUUUCAUCGAUCUUUCAAACAAGUCCUUAAUUUGUCGACGUAUUGUUAUUGAUAUUGUUGAUCGAGCGCGCGCAAGCAGCAAACUACUGUAGGAACCAAAAACCAAAUUCUGAGAGCUACUGAGCUAGUGGUGGAGCCGGAUAAAUAGUUACUGGAUCAGGCAAAAAAGGAACAAGAAAAAGAAUCAAAUAUGACUGAUCAUGUGAACAGAGAAGAUAGUGUUACUCUUGAAAUCAAAUCCUUGGAAUCUUCGAUAUGGGAUGCAAUGACCGACGAUAAUUUAUUCAUGUCGUCGCCUCAUGAGGCUUGUAUCUUCAGAACUCCCGCAACACUUAGAAGUCAAAAUGAAAAAGCUUAUAUCCCUCGUGCAUUUUCUUUUGGGCCUUUCCACCACGGCAAUCCAAAUUUGAAAGCCAUGGAAAAGAUUAAAGCUAACUAUUUGCGAGAUCUUUUGCCUCGUGUUUGUUUAACAACAGGUCUUGGAGAAAUUAUCAAAUCCAUCAAGGCCGUGGAAAAAAAGGCUCGUGCAUGUUAUGCUGAACCAAUUAGUUACAGCUCAGAUGAAUUUGUAAAAAUUUUGGUGAUCGAUGGUUGUUUCCUUAUUGAGCUGUUCCGCAAGUUUAAUUGCGACGAGCUUAAAGAAAAAAAUGACCCUGUUAUCGCCAUGGCUUGUGUAUCUUCAUUUCUAAGCCAUGACUUGGCCUUGCUAGAAAACCAAGUACCCUGGAUCGUACUUGAGCAGUUGUUCAAAGUCACCUUUGGCCGCCACGACAGGAAGCCCCUAAUUCAACUUGUCAUGGAAUUUUUUGGUCACAAUUUCUUGUCCUCCUUGCCGCCUCUUACGGUCCACUCUAGCCAAGACAUCAAGCAUAUUCUUGACCUGCUUAGAAAAUGGUUGGUUUCAUCGGUUGGGGAAGAUCUGAAAGAAAGCACAUCUACCCAGAAACACAUCCCUUCUGUCAUCCAAAAAAAAAAAAAAGAGAAACACAUCACUUCUGCUAUACAUCUCAUAGAAGCUGGAAUCAAAUUCAGAAGGAGUCCAUCUCUAAGCAUGGUAGAGAUAAAAUUUAAUGGGGAAGAAAGCACAAAUAUUCCAUGGGAACUCAUGCCUUCGGCUACACGUCUCAAAGAAGCUGGAAUCAAAUUCAGGAGUGGUACGUCUAAAAGCAUCCUGGACAUAAAAUUUGUUGACGGUGUUCUGGAAAUCCCUUCAUUGCUAAUUCAUGAUACGACAGAAACCUUAUUCCGAAAUCUGAUUAGUUAUGAGCAGUGUUACCCAGGUUGCGAAACCAGAUUCACUUCCUAUGCCGUACUUUUAGACAACCUCAUAAAUACCACAAAGGAUUUGGAGAUACUUUGCGAUAAGGGGAUCAUCCGUAAUUGGAUGGAUCCAGAGGCUGCCACGAUCUUCUUCAACAAGCUUUACAAUAAUACUGUCGUCGGGGAAUUCUGUUAUGCAAACCUUUGUGAGCAAGUGCAUAGUCAUUGCCGACGCCAAUGGCCUAGAUGGCGUGCAGUGCUUGUGCACAAUUAUUUUAACACUCCAUGGUCUGUUCUUUCGACAUUGGCCGCUCUCGUCCUAUUGAUCCUUACCUUCUUACAAACUUUCUACACCAUAAAAAAAUAGUUUUUUUUUUUUUUUAUCAAGAAAGUGUUCUAUAUAUGUAAUAUAAAUGUGGCAAAAAGUUUUAAGUUUUUUUUUGGAACUAUUGUUAGUCCUCAUCUUUAUCCAUUGCUGAUUUUGGCUUGGUUUCAACUUCAUGUAGGCUUGGGUUCAAUAAUGUGAAAUCAGUCACUUCACCUUUCA